AUACACCAAUGUGUGUUAUGAACAUAACUGUGUGUUAUGUGGUACCAAUUAUCUGUAAGAUACCAUUUAUAAAAAUGAUUUACCCUGGAGGUGGACUGGUAUGUUUUGCACUCUAAAAUUGGUGAGCUAUUCUGUUGCCUGAUCUUCAUGACACAUGUAAAAAAAUACAUUAGAGAAGAAAUGAACACGGAGAAAGUGUCUUACCGAUUAUAAAUUUGGACAAACUACAGAAGUUAUGGACAUCAAUGUAGCAUAUUCAAUUGUUCGUGAACGUGAAAAAUAUGGUUUGAACUUAGAUAGGACAGGUGGCACGGAUGACAGAACACGUGUUUCUACAUUCAACUAAUGUGAAUUGAUAUGGGCUAUGUGUUCUUUUUCCCACUCCUUGGACUGUAUGUCACGAAUUAAGUUACCUGUGCAACCUUAAGAGUGGUUUUCAUUAGCGGUCCUCAGAGAAUCCUGGUCUUGUAUAAUGUGUCUUAUACAUCUUUCAGCAUGCCUUUCUUGCCUGUGAAACUGUGCGUAUAUCUUGUUUAAGUUGGUAAUGCACGAAAGUUCCCAAGGAGUUUCUUAAGAAACAAAUACUUUCUUAAAAUUCGUAUUCUGUGUAUAUUCUUGACUUAUGUUCAUCAAUAGCAAACAUAUUUCAGUAUAGAAGCUGAAAAAAAAGUGGCGCAGAUGUACUCAAAUAGGAAUGUAAAUUUGAAUGAACUCUUGCUCUUCACUCUUUAUUCACUAUAGAGGUUCUUUAGUCAGUUGGACUCCAGUUUUUUAUACUUCAUGCAAAUAUAUACUAGUAUAAGCUUGUUUGAUGAUUUCUAGCAUCUAUGCUCAUUUGGUGCUUGGAAUAGAGGGAGUCCUGUACUGAUGUUUAUGCAUUUCUAUUUUGUGUGGUGGUUGCUUGCUUCCUGCUGUUAUGAAAUGCAUCUGAGUUCUGAAGGAGUUGGUUUGAUUCUUCUUUCUCUCCCUUCCUUUUCUUUCUUUCUUUCUUUCUUUUUAAUUAUUUUAAAUGGAUGGAAUGCUUUCUAAAUUCCAACCAAUGUAUUUAGUUUUCUGAUCUACAUUUAUUUUAAGUCAGUGUGACAAAGUUACGAUGAAAGAUAGCUUUGUGUCGGCUUUGUAUGGAAGCUGAAUUACUUGUGGUGUUGGUGGGAGCCAGUUUUACUCGAUACUAGCAACAUUGACUUUUCAUGCAAUCAUAUAUCUGAGAAGGGCACUGAUGAAACAUAUGGUGGUAAGUUAAGUCAUAUGGAAGCGCUAUAUAACUCAUGCUCAAAAUGUGGUGUUGGGACUCUUAUACCUGCUUUUUAUUUGGGGCUAGUAUCAUGGCCUCUUAGUUCUGUUAAAUACUUGAAUGUUUGGGUCAUUUGGAUGCUGAGGGAUGAGAUCAAUUGAUGAACAGUUCUUAGCUAGCUUUGUUUCUUGGCUUUGCAGUGUUGGAGGAGGCAUGACUGAAUGAACCAUUUCAUGCUGAUGAUUUCCUGAUGUAAGCUCACACUGCCCCUAAGAAGGUGGUAUUACCCUUGGUCUGUUGGGUUAGCUGGGGGGACCUGGGUGGAGCAUCUUUAUGAAAUUUCUUAUGUGCUCCUUAUAUGAACUGAAAGUCAUAUCACCUUUUAUUGUUUUGCAUUUGCACCUUAUAAUGCCAGUGUGCCACAUAGAACUAUUGAGCCACACAGCAUUGUGAUUUGUGGAAUGAUAUGGGUAAUGUUGAUAAAGGUAUCCAUUAUGCUACAACCUAUUUUAUGCAUUUUUAUGUUGAAAAGCACUGUUACUAAUGUGUUUGUAUUUUGCUAUAUUUUGAACCCUUUAGGAUAUGAACCUUACAUACAUGUCUAUUGAAUAACACUUUCCUUGCCCCGCAAAAAAAAGAAUAACGUUAACUUUUCUUGGGCUUAGUGAUUUCUAAGCUUUAUGGGAUUCACACUUUCUCUGUCGUGUGUUUCUGUAGUAGUACUUGCAUUUUUCUACCUACUGGUUCACAGGCGUUUAAAGGCUGGUCAACAAACAGUAACAUACCAUGACAAGAAUAACUAGGCUAUUGGUAUUUAGUUGUGAGAUAAUUUUCUGUAAAUAUAUGCAUUUUCAUUUUUUUUUGUCAAAUCCUUCUCUUUGCCUUCCUAGGUUAUGGAUAUUUAGAUAAUUUUCCAUUUUGAUGUCAAAUCCUUCUCUUUGCCUGACACAUUCAAAGAUGACUUUAUUUGAUGACUUUUUCAUGCUUACAUAGCUACUUAUGAUUGUUCUCCAAAGCACAGUAAAAUAUCGUUACAUCCAGAACAAAUUUGAUAUGCCAUGUCAUAAUUUCUGCAAGUUAAUCCAUACUUCUGCUUUAUAUUAAUAUAGAUUCUUGGGUUUUUAUCAGAAGUUGAAAGCAACGUUGAGAAUUCCACCGUUUAAUGUUCAAUGCCUAUUGACUCAAGGGGUUGUACACUACACUACACUAGAAGCACCUGUACAGAUCCGAUUGUGGCUGGGAGGACCAAGGAGAUUUAGUUGUUUGGUAACCUAUUGCACACAAAUACUCACUUUAAAAUCCUAAUACUUUUGGGGUGAUUUGUGUUUAAUUAGACAUUUUCAUGCAAACCUAAUCAUUUCUUGAGAAAUAAUUUAUGGUAGCACCUCCAUUGAUAAAAUUUACCGUUGGUGAUUUCUCAAUACUUGAGAAAUAAUCUAUAUAUUCUUUUAUUUUAGUCUGCAAUCUAUCUAAAAUUAACUUUUCAAAGAUACAUGAGCUACAUAUAUCCUCUACUAACAGUGCCACCUUGCAAAAAAAUCAGGAAGGAGGAGCAGCUUACAAGAUCUCAAGGAAUGUGAUUGGUUACUUGGAACGCCUUCACAUAUGUCGGUGAGGAAAUGAAGGGAUGUCCUACUUUUUGUGAUCUAUGGUGGCAUGGUGGGCCUACUGUGAUUGCCCCUGUAGCAGAGGUACAUGAUUUUAUUAUUGAAGGUCUCCCACAACUUUAAGUUAUUCAGUCUGCAUGUUAUGUUGAAUAUGUUAGGUACAUAUUUACAUAUGACAACCCCUAUUUUCAAUACUAGCUACAAUUCUUUUUCAAGAUGGCUACUAACUUGAUUAAGAAAGACUGGGUAAAGAAUUUCCUGUUACAAGUGUAUACCCAGCCUCGUUAAUAUUUCUUAUAUAAACUGAAGUCAGCCUUUGCCAAUUAGAAUAACAUCUUAGUAGAACACUAUACUACCUCUGUUCUUGAGCAAUAGACAAUUUGACCAUUCCAUGUAGAACAAGGCAACAAAUUUUGUGACCAAUUUGCCCUUGGCAAUUGUUAGGAGAUGGUAUUAAAAAAAAGAAUAAAUGGGAGGUGGGGGGAAAGGAAUGGAUCCAAAAUAGAAGUAUCUAGAGGUUUUCUCUAUGGUGGAAGAUUGAUUUAGACCCACAAGUGUAGCCAUGGGAAAGUAGGGGCAAAAUUGGAUUUUACCAAUGAAAGUAUGGUGGUGACAAAUAUUCUGAAACAAAUGAUUUGGUCAAAUUGCCAGUUAUUCAAGAACGGAUGGAGUAUUAUUUGCCUCUGAUAAAUUCUUUUCUUAUAUCACUCAUUUUGUUCAGUUAAUUUAAUUACAUAAUUUUAAUAAUAAGCUAGUAUUACUUCAUGCUAAUUUUGGGCUUUGAGCUUUAUAGGGUACUUUGUAACAGAUGAGUUGUUCUGGAACAGUAGAUGACUAAUUAGCCAUUAGAAACCAAUGGUUUGGUUUGGCAGUCAACAUGUACAUACUAGACCAAUUCCCUGGACCUUUUGCCCUAAAAUAAUAUGAUGACCAUUGACUAUAUACAUGGUAAUACCAGCACCCUGUCCUUUUGGCCUUUUAUACAAGGAGCUGAAUGCAUUUUUGGUCUUUUACUCCAUAGUUCGAUAUUUUUCUGAUGGUACUUCCCUGGUGUCAAAGCAAAGCCUGCAGAGGAAGCACAAUUCUUAUUCUGUAUGAUAAUGAUCAACUGCGAUGAACUCAUCAAACAUCAGUUGGGGAAACUUAUUCGAGGCUGUUGUUUGGGCUGCUGGUCUUGGAAUCACCUCUUUUUUUGGAUUUCAUUCAUAUAAAUGCCUUGUUGGUGAUCAUAUAUCAUAUAUGGCUCAUCAAGACAUGAAUUGGGAAAGGUUUGUUGCCCAACAGCUCAGGUGGUUUCUACAGUUCUAUUUCCAGUCUUCCAUGAGUAUUUUCAUUGUUCCAUACGUCUAUACUACUGACCUGUAAUAAAUAUAAUAAUAAAUAACCAAUUAUAUGUCUGGUACAUACAUAUGAAUGCUCUCUCAACGUCUCUUAAAUAUUUGUGUCCUUUGCAGUACCUUGCUUUUCUUUUGUCCUUCCAUUUUUCACUGUAUUGUUUGCCUAGUAUACCUGCCUUUUCAUUUCUCCUCCCAUUUCACUGUACCAUUUACUUUAUGAUGAAUGGUAUGUGCACAUCUUAUUUAAAUCAGUGUACAGCAUACGUGCUACUGUGCUAGUGGUGGUCUAUGUUGAAAGUUGAGACUACUUUUUAGUAUUUGUAUUCCUUGAUGUCGAGCUAUGUUGCUACAGGGACUACAGGAUCAAGUUAUUUGAAGUGGCGAUUUAGAGCCAUAAUAAUAAUAAUAAUUAGUCCCCUCUCUUCCAGAAAGUGGUGCGGGCAGGUGGACAUGUCUGGGUAGUGUUCACAAUUCCCUUAAAAGGUGGGCUACAAAAUCAUGGGGAAACUUGUAAAUUAAAAAGGCACAAGCAAUUAGCCAAUUACUGGUAGUCUUUGAGUCCUAUUGGUGCUCUUCUCUUUCUUCACUUGGUGACCAGUUUUUGUAUUUUAUUUACCUUGCUCUUCAAAGGCUCAAAGCUACCAGGUUUCAGCAUGAAGGAGAUGUAUGUUACUUCCAAGUUCAUCCAUAUUAUUUUGGGGGUUUAAUUUUUAAGUAGUGGCAGCUGGAGAAGGAUUUUACAAAGACGACUGGGUAUAUCUUGUUAUCCCAUAUUGGGUUCUUCCGGGAGCAAAACUGCAAAAGCACUGUAUUGCUGAUUGGAUGGCCCCCAUUACAAUCCGUAUGACCUUUUAAUAUCUGAUUCUGGAGGUAGCUGAGAGUAAUAACCUUUGAGUAUCUAGGAGCAGCACUAGCACGUACACUGCACGCUGCAAAUUAUUAUACUAAAAUGAAAUGCAUUUUCUAGGUAUAAACAUACUUCUAUAAAAUAAUAUAGCUGCAAUUUUCUCCUAUGGAUUUCCUUUGUAUGGAGAGGAUGCACCUUUACUUGUUCUUUAUUUACUUACUACCUCUGUCCUACUUAGACUUCAAUUUUUUCUUAUGAAUCUAGACAAAUAUUUGUCUAGAUGCAUAUAUAUCUAGAAAUAAAGUGUGGUCUCAAGCUCCUAGUUUUUUUUUAAUUUGUUCUACAGGGUUAGCGACGACAGUAUGUCUAGCUUAUCCAAUCCUGAAUUUAGGAGGGUACAUCAGUAGUACAUCACAUGGGAGGUGGUGUGCCACUGGGAUAAUUAGGUACCACCCGUACUGGUCAGUGGUCGUACAGUCUCUACUACUCCAGCAUGCUGGUCCAUUUUCCCUGCUCAAUGCUCACACCAACCAAUUAGCUCUUUUCCAGCACGUGCACUUGCUCUUAUCUUAGCUCUCCGUACCGUAUCUAAUCUCUUUGUAACUACCUUUAUAAAUGAAUGCAGUACACAGCUAAACCUGCUGGAUACAGACGAGCAGAGGGCAGCAUGGGGAGAGUCUGAAACAGGUCCAGUACCUCAGGUCCUAACAUGUGAUAAACUUCUUUCACACCCUCUUAUCAUUUCACAUUUGCAUUUUACAGCCUAUUACUGUUAUGCAUUGUUCACUUGAACUGUGAAAGGACUGGUCAUUGGGCCAUGGCUUGAUGCAAACAUUAAUCUUUCCUUUAAUACUUCCAUUCCAAGUUGCUUUUGUCAUGCAUAUUUUUGGGGUCUGUAGGUCCACCAUGCAGUAGCGCUCAGAUUCUGCAUCAUAGAUGACCCCAUUAUACAGUGUUUCUUUCAAUGCAAGUUUGUAUGGUACUACUGCAAUCUGAAAAAAAAGGGAAAAGAAAAAGAACUGUUUGUUUGGUGCCAGCCAGCUUUUUUUCCAUAGGACAAAACAAAGAAGGGAAAAGGUAAAUUGAAUAUUAAUAUUUUACUAAAUAAAGGCAUUUAUGGAAGAGUUGAUGUUUGCACAUAUCACAAUGAGAAGCAGUUUAUAUAUGAUUAUCAGGUGUAAUCAACCCUACCGAGGUUUAUAUUAAGGAUAUGCUUCACACCCCAGCACUCCACCCACCUAUCCCACUAAAUCUAACCCACUUCGGUGCAGCAAAAGAUGCCUCGAGCCUGUGGCAGGCAGAGCAGUGCAAAAUUCCAAUCGAAGAAACCAAAAGGAGGCAGCAAAAAGACAGAUCAAAUGGAUUCACCAACUGAUCCAUUCAUCUGGCCAGGCCAGCUGGGCUUUGCAUAUACAUUGCAGACCACUAGAGCUAUAAGAACCUUAUCAUUAUCAUUUACUAAACAGAAAAACUACUAUCUGCAUAUCUUCAAUUCCAUGUCUCCAACUCCAAGAACCAGUUUUGAUCCCAACAGGAGUGCAGGAAUGGAGGUAGCAGAAUGCAGUGAGAAGCUGCAAAUUUUAAAGGCAUCGGCUUCAGCAUCAAUGGCUUAUUCGAUUGUUCAGUUCCCAGUCAAGUGGCAAUCCAUCAAGUACAAGCUUCAGCAACUCUGUUCCAACCUGAAUGCGCCAGGAGACGACGGCAGCUGCAACGAAAAUCGAUGAAUCUUACAAUGGUGGAAGGCUUCGUCUGAGGAGUGAUUUGGACAGCAUCAGCUCCAAGCUUGAUAUCCACCUGAAGGACCUCAAGGAGAUGGUUUCCUCCAGAAUUUCUGUGCGUUCUCAAGCUGUCAUCGCAACGAGGCCUGCCAUUGGUGCAAGCCUAAGCAACAAGAGGUUCUACAUCAAUGAUCUCUUCUUGAGGGUGAGGAUUGGGGAUUUGGCUCAAAGAAAACAAGCCCUGGUCACCAUUGGAGAGCUCCUAUCUGAAGAUAUCGAGUAUGUCAAGAUUGUAGCUCUUGACAUUGAUAAUAGCAUCACUCUCCUGAUCAGCUUUCUUGAAUCAGGGGAUGCAUGCAUUCAAGAACAGGCUGCAAGAAUUGUCUCCCUUAUUGCAGGCUAUGAUUCUUACAGAGGAAUGCUUGUGAAAGCAGGUGUGGUUGCUCCACUUGUCCAGUUACUGGAUAGUCCAAGCUGCACCAGCACUACUGUUUCAUCAAGGGAGAGAGCAGCUCAUGCAUUGAGGGAGCUGACGAGCAACUCCGACAACGUCUGGGCCGUCUGCGCACAAGGCGGUGUCACCGUGCUCCUGAUCGUCUGCGCCAAUGUCGAUAGCAGGGGCAAGCUGGUCAGCUCCGCUUUCGCGGUGCUGAAGAACCUGAGCAGGGUGGAGGAGGUGAAGAUGUUCAUGGUGGAACAAGGUGCAGUUAUGGAGUUGGUGAAGCUGUCCCGACAAAAGGAGGAAGAACGCAAAGUUGGAUCAGUUGAGCUGCUCCAUUACAUGGCCUUGGCUGAUGCCAAUGUCAGACAAGCAGCAAUCAGCAUGGGGAUGAUCCAAUCACUCACUCAGCUGAUGAACCCUGAUCUUCCAUACUCAUCCAAAGCCAGGGAGGUUGCUCUCUCAGCCAUUGCAUUCUUCUGCCUCCCUUCCAAAGCUCUGACAGAUGAUCUCAUCAGCUCCAAUUUUCUUAGCUGGCUUCAAACCUAUCUCAACAAUGUUGACUAUGCUGUCCUGGAAUGCACCCUCAACAUUCUGGUACGGCUAACGAGGAUCUCCGAGGAAUACAGCAAGAUGGUUGGCAGGGCAGGGUUCAUGACUGCCCUGGUAAGCUCACUUGGAGCCAAAUCUUGUCAGGUCAGGGAGAUGGCAGCACAAGUACUCUGCAACCUACUGUUGCUUCACUCUAACCGUGUAGUUUUCAUCCAAGAUGGUGAUAAUCUGAACCGGCUGCUGCAGUCGCUUGAGCACGGUGACGGCAAGACGAUGGCGAAGGAUUUGGCCAUUUCUUGCCUCGUGUCGUUGGCAGAGACCAGUGCUGGAAGGAAGAAGAUCAUAUCGUCUCAACAUUUUGUCAGCUUGAAAGGACUCGCAGACUCCGGUGACCUUCCUGCCAAGAAGAUCGUGAAGAAACUCUGUGCUAACAAGUUGCAAAGCAUUCUUACGAGAAUCCGGAUCACAUGACUUCCUUCUCGCGUUUACCUGAUCGCUCUUCAGUUUUGAACCACAGAAUUCAUUGAUUCAGCUUUUGCUACCCUGCGUGGCUGCGUGCUGUUCAUAGUUCCUCUUUGCCUGUUACAUUCUUGUUCAGUCCUCACUACUCAUCCCUACAAUUCUUUUGUACUAUCCAUGAAAUUCUUUUGUGUAGAUCGCACGGCCUAUAAUCAAUCAAUCGUUUGUUUGUCA